AGAGGCGGUACUUUGCUUCAGCCUGGCCACCACAGGUUCGCGACCCACAGGCUACACUCUCCUCAGAGAGGCUCGCUGCGGGCGGUGGAGCGAGCGCUGGCGGUUGCGCACGGCGCGUGUGGGCGUGCCCGACCCGGGCCACGCUGCCCGCCCCACCCCCUUUGUCGCUUGCCCCCAGGCCAGACUCCCAGCGAACGGCGGACGGUUGGCCUGGCACAUGUGCUCUCAGCGGGCUUCGCUGCCUGCAGUCAGGUCCGGGCCAGGCAUGCUGGGAGCCCCUAGUGGUACAGCUACCACCGCUGCCUCAGUCGCGGAAAGCAGGGCGAGUCUAUGAGACGCGGAGAUGAAAUUCCCGGCCUCGGUGUUAGCGUCCCUGUUUCUGUUCGUGGCCGAGACAACGGCGGCGUUCUACCUGAGCAGCACCUACCACUCGGGCGGGGACCGCAUGUGGCAGGCGAUGACGCUGUUUUUCUCGCUGAUGCCCUGUAUUCUAGUGCAGUUCACGCUCCUCUUCGUCCACCGGGACCUCAGCCGCGAUCGCCCGCUGAUGCUACUCUUGCACCUGCUCCAGCUCGGGCCCCUGUACCGGUGUUUUGAAGUCUUUUGCCUCUACUGUCAGUCCAACCAGAAUGAAGAACCUUAUGUGAGCAUCACUAAGAAGCGACAGAUACCAAAAGAUGGCCUCUCAGAGGAGAUUGAGAAGGAGGUGGGCCAGGCAGAAGGCAAGCUAAUUACCCACCGUUCUGCAUUCAGUCGGGCAUCAGUGAUCCAGGCUUUCUUGGGCUCUGCCCCACAACUGACCCUACAGCUGUAUAUUACCAUCUUGCAGCAAAGCAUCAGUACUGGAAGAUGCUUCAUCAUGACCUUGUCCCUGUUGUCCAUUGUGUAUGGAGCCUUGCGUUGCAACAUCUUAGCCAUCAAAAUCAAGUAUGAUGAGUACGAGGUCAAAGUCAAGCCCCUGGCCUAUGUCUGUAUCUUCCUCUGGAGAAGCUUUGAGAUUGCCACUCGGGUCAUUGUCCUGGUCCUCUUUACCUCUGUCCUCAAGGUCUGGGUAGUGAUAGUCAUACUUGUCAACUUCUUCGGCUUCUUCUUUUACCCCUGGAUCAUUUUCUUGCGCAGUGGCUCCCCAUUCCCUGAGAACAUUGAGAAGGCCCUAAGUAGGGUGGGCACCACCAUCGUGCUCUGUUUCCUUACUUUUCUGUAUGCUGGCAUCAACAUGUUCUGCUGGUCAGCCGUACAGCUGCAAAUUGACAAUCCUGACCUCAUCAGCAAGUCUCAGAAUUGGUACCGGCUUUUGAUUUACUACAUCAUAAGAUUCAUCGAGAAUGCUCUCCUCCUGCUCCUGUGGUAUUUUUUCAAAACAGAUUUGUACAUGUACGUGUGUGCGCCUCUGCUGAUUUUGCAGCUGCUCAUUGGAUACUGCACCAGCGUUCUUUUCAUGCUUGUGUUCUAUCAAUUUUUCCACCCUUGUAAAAAGCUCUUCUCUUCCAGUGUUUCUGAAUGGUUUAGGUCAUGUCUCACAUGUGCCUGCUGGUCCUACUUAAGGAAGAAAUCCACUGCGGCAGGAAAGACUGAUAUAGACUUAAAGCCAUAUUCAGAUCAAUAUGUAUCACCUUCUACCAGUAGGAUGAGUCCUGAGUCCAGUGAGAUGUGGAGUGCCGUUGAUCUGUGUGAUGCUUAAUGGAACCUGAAGCUUCUUACAAGACAGGGAUAUUGUGUUCUGCGUUAAUUACUAUUUUUUUCAUAUAAGUAAUGAGCCCUGCACAGGGAUAAGGCAGGAAGUUUUCUGUCAACUCCUUGUGACCUGCUGCUUUUUAUAAAGCUCUUGGAUUUGAAGCAACUUUGGGAGAAGUAGGAAAGUCUACUACCCCACAGUUUGUUUCACACUUGACUCUGUUACAUUCUUGCAGGCCUUGAUGGACAUUUCAUUGAUUGACAUGAUACCCCUGAAAUUUCAGUUGAGCUGGUCAUAUUCAUCAAUUAGAAUAAAGAAAUGAUUGUUUUUCUACUUUUCUAGACUGUUGUCUCAGUAGCUGGAUGUUUUACUACUACUGAAUAUAGCUUUAUCUAAAAGUCACCAUGAUAGCCAGAAUAGGUUUCUAGGGAUUUUACAACCUCAUUCUGAUCAUAGCUUACAGGGAGAGCUAUUUAAGUUUGUUUUAUCAAUAUGUUCCAUUUUCACUUCAUUAAAACUUUUUGUAUAUAACCAACUGUAGUCAUUCUGGUUUCAAAGGCCUAGACUUGGGGACUUUAUUCCCUGGGAUCCUUUGGUACAGGUGUUUAAGAAAGCCAUGUUUCAUUCCACGUGUUGAAGACAUUAGGGAUCAGGAUGGACUGGGACAAUUGUUAGAAUGUCAAAAUGUUGGAAGCUUAUACAAAUAGAAAUGCCCUAUAAUUCUGGGAAAUUUCCAGCAGAUUUCUCUUAGAUAAAUAUUUUAAGAAUUGUCUUCUUGUGGGGGCUCCUGUCCCCUCCAUGUCCCCCUAUUCCCACCCCUUUCUUCCUCCAUAAGACUCCCUGUGCUCUGCCCAAAGAUUGGCUGUGAGUCUCGCAUCUGUGUCGAUACCCUGUUGGAUGAAUCAUUUCAGAGGACCAAUUCCACCGCCUCUGGUUUCCUCUCUUCCACUGCUUCUGGUGUCUAUCUAUCCUGUUUGCCAUUCUGAAUGAGAUUUAAGCUUCCUCCCUAGGGUCCUCCUUAGUGUUUAGCUUCUUUAGAUCUGUAGUUGCCUAUCUUAUAUUAUACAGCUAAUAUCCGAGUAUAAGUGAGUAUAUACCGUGCCUGUCUUUCUGUUUCUGGGUUAACUCACUCAAGAUGAUCUCUUCUAGCUCCACCCGUUUGCCUACAAAUUUCAUGAUUUCCUUGCUCUUAAUAGCUGAGUAGUAUUCCAUUGUGUAAAUGUACCACACUUUCUGUAUUCAUUCCUUCAUUGAGGGACAUCUAGGUUGUUUCCAUAUUCUGGCUAUUACAAAUAAAGCUGUUAUGAACAUAGUGGAGCAAAUGUCCUUAUUGAAUGGUGGAGCAUCUUUUAGGUAUAUUCCCAGGAGUGAUAUAGAAAGAUCUGAGGCCAGGCGUUCCUGCAGAGACUGAUGCAGCAACAGAGGACCAUGCAUGGAGAGGACCUAGAUCCCCUGCUAAGAUAUGGUCUAUUGGUAGCUCAGUCUCCAUGUGGAUCUCUGAGUGAGGGGAGCAGGGGCUGCCUCUAUCAUGAGCUCAGUUGACUGCUCCUUGAUCACUUGUUCUUGAUGAUGCAGCCUUGCCAGGCUACAGAGGAAGAGGAUCCAUGCAAUCCUGAUGAGAUUUAACAAGCUAUUGGCAGAUGGCAAUAGUGGAGAACUUCCCUUUCAGUGGACUAGAAGAAGGGGAUGGAGAGAAAAGGGAGGGUAGGAGGGUGGGACUGGGUGGAGUUGAUAGAGGGGGCUCCAAACAGGAUAUAUAAUGAAUAAAUUAUGAAGAAAAAAAUAGGAGGAGCUCUCGAAAAUAGUAGUGCCAACCACGCAGGGUAUCUGAAUAGCUGCUUAGCAAUGAGAGCAGGGUGACUGGCAGGCUGUACUGUAGAUCCCAAAACCCCAACAUCUGUGUUUCUCAGAUGAGAGAAAAAUCUACAGGGAUACUUGAAGGUCCAUCAUCAGACUACCUGGCUAAUACCAGGAAAAUUUCUUGGGCUCCAGCUGGACACUGCCAUAGCCCUAAGCUACCAGCCCAAUCCCAACAUUUGUGGAUACCUUCCCGGGACCUGCUGCAGCUCUCUGGGCUCUGACCCCAUAGCCCAAGGCCACUUGCCCAAAUUGACCAUCUGUGGAUAUAUUCCUGGGACUGGCAGUGGCUGCACAUGCAGGAAGAGGAGGGGAGGCUUAGACCUCCCGCCUUAGACCAUCUGCCCAAACCCACUGGUACCAGUGGCAGCAGCUUGCUUAGCUCUGACCCCACUUAGGCCACCCAUCAGGAUCCACCAUUAAUGGAUACUUUUUUGGGACCAGCAGUGCAUUCACAGGGCUCCAACCCUAUAGCUUUAGGCCACCCAACUGACUAAAUACACCAUUUGUGGAUUCCUUCCUGGGACAGGCAGAGGUGACCCCAGAGCCUUAGGCCACUCAACACCUAAGCCCACUUUCUGUGGAUACCUUCCUGAGACUAGCAACUGGCAGCUCAGACCUUGGGUGCUCACUCUACUGCUUCUGUAGUUAAUACCUUCCUGUACUGAGGGUGAGGCUCCAAACCUGGGCACACACUAUCAAAGUCCUAUGGACACCUUCUGGGUACUAGAGGCUCCUGUUUCCAAACCUGGGAGACCACACUCAACAUACUGUGGAUACCUACCUGGUCAGUUACGGCAGCUAGUGGUGCUCACUCUCACCACCCACUGGAGGGGAUACAUUCUGGUACUGUGGGGGAGGUGUGGUUUCAUUCUGCCUAUUCCUCUCCUGCCUGGUUCACCCAGGUCAGAAUUAUCCAGCACAGCACAGACAGUGAACAAAGCAUAGAUGAGCUAUGCUUGGGACCCAUGUUAUCUUUCCCACCAUCUAAGGGAAGCCUGCAGAACACUGGAGCAGCUCUAGGCAAAGAGAUCUACCCAACCCUGCCCCAGCAACCUGGCUCACAUAGGCCAGAAUCAGCAAGUCAAGCACAGAGAACCCAGUGGAGCUGAGUUAGGCACCUAAUCCAAGUUCCAUUGUCCUCCUCUCCAAGGAGGCCUGUGGGACAUUGGAGCAGCUCUAGGCUCAGAGAUCUUUUUGCCUGCUCCCCCGCAGCCUAGCCCACCUAGUUUGAAAACAAAGCAGUCAGCACUGCCAGUGAACUCAGGGGAGCUGAGCCAGGCCUGGGACCCAAACCCCAUCCUCCACCUUCUUAAGGAAGCCAGUGGGACACUGGAGCAGCUCUAGACCAGAGAUCUUUUGGCCUGUACCCCAUCUACCUGGGUUACAAACAGUGAGCCAGAAAAGACAGGGAAUCCAGGAGAGACUACUUAAAACUCCAGAAACAGGUGGAUCCAGUCUGUAGUACAGGCUCCAAGAAUAAUCAGUCAAGGCUACACAUAACCAGGUGGCUAGAGGCCAGCAAAAGAGUACAGGCAACAAACACCAGGACAUCAUGGCUUCACCAGAAUCUUCAAAAAUCAACGGAUUUACCACUGCAGCUGAAACACAGGAAAAAUUAUCUUAAAUCUAUAAUUAUGCAGUUAUUCAAGGCACAUAAAAAGGAAAGGAACAAAAAAUGGAGGCACAUAUAGAGAUACAUAAAGAGGAAACCAACAAAAAAAUAGAGGCCAUCAUGGAAAGACAAGAAUCCACAUUCAAACAGAUGAAGGAAAUGGUGCAAGACAUGAAAACAAUUAGAAUAAAAAAAGAAAACACAGAGAAAACCCUGGAGUUGGAGAACUUAGAGAAAAAAAUCAGGAACCACAAAGGUAAGCAUCACUAGCAGAAUAAAAAAGAUGGAAGAGAGUCUAUCAGGUGCUGAAGAUACAAUUGCAGAAAUUGAAACAUCUCUCAAAGAAAAUUAAAAUCAGAAAAGUUAUGAAUACAAAACAUAAAAGAAAUCAAGGACACCAUGAAAAAAUGAAACCUAAGAAUAAUAGGAAUAGAUGCAAAAGAAGAUUCCAGGCUCCAAGUCCCAGAAAAUAUUUUCGAGAAAAAUCAGAGAAAAAAAUUUUCCCAACCUUAGAAAAAGAUGCCCAUAAACAUACAAGAACACCAAAGAGACUUGAGCAGGAAAAAAAACUCCUCACACCACAUAAUAAUCAAAACAGUAAGUCUACAGAACAAAGAAAAAAAAUAUUAAAAGCAGCAAGGGAAAAAGGCCAAGUAAUAUAUAAAGGCAGACCUAUCAGAAUCACACCAGACUUCUCAACAGAGACUAUGAAAGCCAGAAGAGCCUGGGCCGAUAUCAUGCAGACAGAGACCACAGAUGACAACCCAAACUACUAUAUCCAGCAAAACUUUCAUUUAACAUAGAUGGAGAAAACAAAUAUUCCAUGGCAUAACUAAAUUUAAACAGUAUAUAUGCAACAAUCCAGCCCUACAGAAGAUACUAGAAGGAAAACUUCAACCCAACAAGAUCAACUACAUCUCAAUAACACAGGAUAAAGUCACCAUCACAUUAAAAAAAAUCAUAAAAAAAUAAGUACACAAACACACAAUCACCACCAACUCCACAUGAACAAAAAGGAUUAAGCAAUCAUUGGUCAAUAAUAUCAGUUAACACCAAGGAUCUCAACUCUCCAAAAAAAGACAAAGAUUAACAAUAGAUUGAUUGCAGAAACUGGAUCCAACCUUCUGCUGCAUUCAAUAAACACACCUCUGCAACAAAAGUAGACACUACCUCCGAUCAGAGUCAAGGGCUGGAAAAAGGUUUUCCAAGCAAAUGGACACAAGAAGUAAGGUGGAGUAGCCACCCUAAUAUCUAAUAAAAUAGACUUUCAACCAAAAUUAAUCAAAAGAGAUGGAGAGGUACACUUCAUUGCAUCAAAGGAAAAAUCCAGCAGGAGGACAUCACAAUUCUGAACAUAUAUGCACCAAACACAAGGCCUCCUGAAUUUGUCAAAGAAUCAUUAUUAAAGUUUAAAUCACACAUCGAUCGCAGAACCUUAAUAGUGGGAGACUUCAAUACCCAACCCUCUGCAAAGGACAGAUAGCUGAGACAAAAGGUAAACAGGGAAAGAAUGACAUUUACAUAGGUUUUAAAUCAAAUAGAACUAAUACAUGUCUACAGAAUCUUUCACCCAAAGACAAAAGAGUAUACCUUCUUCUUAGCACCUCAUGGAACCUUCAUCAAAACUGACCAUACAGUCAGGCACAAAGCAAGCCUCACAGAUAUAAGAAGAUUGAAAUAAUCUGUUGUAUCUUAUCAGACCACCAUGUUCUAAAACUAGACCUCAACAAUAACAGAAAUAGCAAAAAACGGAGGAGGAGGAGGAGGAGGAGAAGAAGAAGAAGACACCCAAAAGGAGUAGACAGGUGGAAAUAAUCAAACUCAGGGCUGAAAUCAAUAUAUUAGAAACAAAGAAAACAAUUCAAAGAAUCGAUUAAACCAAAAGCUAUUUCUUUGAAAAAAAAAUCAAAAAGAUAGAAAAACCCUCAGCCAAACUAACUAAAAGGCAGAGGCACACUGUCCAGAUCACCAAAUCACAAAUGAAAAGGUUGACAUAAUGACAGACACUGUAGAAAUCCAAGGAAUCAUUAGGUCUUACUUCAAAAGCAUAUAUGCCACAAAAUUUGAAAAUCUAAAUGAAAUGGGCAAUUUUCUUGAUAGAUUCCAUUUACCCAAGCUGAAUCAAAGAUCAGUUAAAUAAAUCGAAUUGUCCUAUAUCCCCUAAGGAAACAGAACCUGUCCUCAAAAGUCUCCCUCCCCCAAAAAAAAGUCUCCCCCCAAAAAAAAAUAUCCAGGGCAAGAUGGUUUCAGCACAGAAUUCUACCAGACCUUCAAAGAAGAGCUAACACCAAUAUUCUUCAAACUAUUCCACAAAAUAGAAACAGAAAGAACAUAACCAAACUCAUUCUAUGAGGCCACAGUCACCUUGAUACCUAAAUGACACAAAGGCCCUACAAAGAAAGAGAAUUUCAGGCCAAUCUCCCUUAUGAACAUUGGCGCUAAAAUACUCAAUAUAAUACUCGCAAACCAAAUCCAAAAACACAUUAAAGAUAUCAUCUGCUCCCAGGGCGCGAAUCUGCUAGACACCAUACUAGCUCCGCAGGAUCGCCAUCACUGACGGUACGGCCCGC